UAUUGUUUUGAUUUUUCUCAUUAGCUGCAUAAUUUUUAUUUGAAUCUAACAAAAUAGGAUAUUCAAAAUAAUUUGGCAGCAAUUUUCAAUCAAAUAAUUCGCAUUUAUUGAUAAAAUAUAUUCAGUUAUGCUAUAGCGGCGUUAUCGCUGUGUCAUAUUAUGUUUUAUUGUUAAGGAUUCGGGACAAUAUACGGCAUAUUUAUGUCGCUUAGUUUUUCACAUGGUAGAUUAAUUAGUUUUCUAGUAACAAGAACAAUGACCUCUAUGAGUGGGGUGGUCGCUAAUACAAUCAAGACUAAAUUAGAAACAGCUUUACAAACAAAGCAUCUAGAAGUAAUCAAUGAAUCUUAUAUGCACAAUGUACCUAAAAACUCGGAAACACAUUUUAAAGUGGUUGUUGUCUCCGACAAAUUUGAUGGUCUACCACUUAUAAAGAGACAUAGACUAGUUAAUGAUAUUUUACGAGAGGAAUUGCAGAGCGGAGUCCAUGCUUUAUCAAUUAUAGCAAAGACUCCUGAACAAUGGGACAAGAGUGACAAGAUAGUGGAAAGUAGCCCCAAUUGUAGAGGCGGAUUUGGUAAAUGAACAGAAAAUGGACAAUGUAGGAACUUUAAUAAUUAUACUAUAAAUAAAUAAAAAUUUAAAUCUU